UAUCUCAAUUUCUCAUUAUGGAGAUAUUUGGAGGCAAGAUUAAGCAUGACCCUUCUCUCAAAACUCAAAAAGUUAUGUUAAUUUUUCAAAUUAUUUUGAGAAUUUUGGGAUUUACUUUCUGUUUAGGCGCUGUUUGGAGAAUUAUGACUAGUAAACAGGUUCUCGUUCUUGGCAUUGUGGCAAAUUACACCUAUUCUCCUACAAUGAAAAUUUUUGCAUAUGCAAAUAUUAUUGGAUGUGCCUCAUCUGUUGUUGCUCUAUUUCUUGUUUUGAUUUGUUGUUGUAAGAAAUAUCUCAACUCUAACAAGUACCUUUUUUACUUGUUCCUCCAUGAUUUGAUUGUGUUUGGAUUACUGGUGGCUGGAUGUGCAUCAGCAACAUCAAUAGGAUAUGUGGCUAAAUAUGGGCAAAAAUAUUCAGGGUGGAAUCCUGUAUGUAACUAUGUUACUAAAUUAUGUCAAAAAGCUACAGUCAGUGUAACUUUAUCUUACAUUGCUAUUAUUUUCUACCUUUGCCUCACUAUAAUCUCAGCUAACCAAUAUGUAUUUCACUAAUUUAUGCGUGAUUAAUUAGUGUUUCAUGUAAUUUAUUAUGCUUAAAGAGGAUGGUGUACUUUGAGAUAAAUGAA